UGAGGUGGUUUUACAGUUUCUUCUUCCUGUUUUACCUUGCAGUCUUUGUUCAACCACUGUGUGAUCACUCUCUGUUUGUUUGCCUCAAACAACAUGAUCAUGGACAGGAGUAUACAGCUGCAGCCCCCUAACAGAAGCCCCUGCAUGACAAAGCUCCUGGCAUCACAGAAGUGACAUGAAUGACAAGGCCGUUCUGCAAGACAAUACAGUAUGCCUUUAAGAAAACCCGUCAGCAGGGACUGUAGCUUGGUUUUUAUUAUCCCAACUUCCUUGUAUUGCUGUGCAUGGACCAUUGUUGAAGUCCUUUAUGUCAUCAUUUACUACGGGUAUGAGAAUAUUUUAAUAUUUUUCUAUCUCUUCCUCUGUAUCUCCUUUCUGUCGGUGAUUUCACAGAAUACAAGAGUAAAAAGAAAGAUUGAGAUUAUAAAAUGACUGAAAACUAUAUCAGAAUUCUGAUACUCACUUUCGUUUCAACUGUUUCAGAGUGGGUGGGGUUUUGAAAUGAUAAUUUACUACAUACAUAAUUUCUAAAAUCAUGCACAUUGAAAGACAACAACAGACAGCAGCUGUAAAGUACCAUUCUGUUAUUCUAGCUGUCUAUUCAAUUAAACUGAUGUGUUUACAAUUUAAACAUUUAUUUCUGUUUGGCAUGGAAUAUACAAAAAUACUCAACACUAUGAUGAAUUGUUAAAAUAAAAAGGUCCCUGUUCCAAAUUUAUAUUCUGACAUUGAUGUUGUCUGCAUGCAGCAAGAAUAAUUACAAAUACCUCUAAGAUGGCUCUUUCAGUUCAUGUCAAAUCAAAUUGACUGUAAAGAGCUCUGAUGGAAGACACUGUUAGACUGUUCUGACUUCUUAGUUGUUCACUGAUAAAGAAAAGUUAAUAUACUUUGAAAUAGACUUUGAACAUGAACCAUAAAAGUGUCCUUUAUAGCAAUAUGAUAGUGUCAGUGUUUCCACAUCUACCGCCCCUCUAGAUAAUGGAGGAAAUUAACUCACUUGGGUGCACAGAAAUUCAGUCACAGCCUGCUGUCCCUCUGUCUCCAACUAUCCAUGAUGUUCCCACACUGAGAGAUGGGGAGUGUUACCAUGUCUUCAUCAGCUACAGCAGCACUGACUACCAGUGGACACACUUCUUGAUCGAGCAGCUGGAGUCCUUCGGCUUACAGGUCUGCUACCAUGAGCGGGACUUCAUUCCUGGCCGCACUGUGUUGGAGAACAUGUCUGACUGCAUCCAGGAGAGCCAGAAGGUCCUGCUGGUUCUCAGUUCAGAGUUUGUGAGGAGCCGCUGGUGUCUCCUGGAGGCCAACAUGUCUCUGUUCAGGGACUGUCUGGAGAGGAAGCCCAUCAUCCCAGUGCUGCUGGAGCCAGGAGUCUCUAUUCCUCUCCACCUCUGCCACCUCACCUACCUGGAGGCCAACAACCCCGACUUUAAGAAUAAGCUGCUCAAGGUGCUCUGCACCCCCAACCAGCAGCUCCAAGGCUCCACUGUGGUCCCCUUCCAGCCUCCCUCUAUCUACAAUGGGAAGGCCCUGCAGCCUUUGACUGCUGUCAAUGUUGAACGACUCAAUAAAUGGGAUUGUGGUCAGUUCAGUGACAUGGAGGUGCCAGAUCAACUGCGCCUGGUCAUUGAGGACCACAACAAGUACAGAGAGGCUGUGAGGAUCAUCAACAGUGUCUCUCAGAAUAGAGUGUACACAGUCUGGGUUAGAGGACUGAUGCUCACUGCUGUUUGUCUGCUUCUUGUAUUUAUGAUAGCUAUAUUCUCAUUCAUGACAGGCACAUUAAUAGCUCAAUCCAAACAAGAGAAAACAAAUAAUUCGGCUUACACUAUUGCAUGUCUGUUUUUGGUUUCAUUGGGGUUGAUUAUUCAGGUCCUUUUGUGGAAAAGGGAUGAAAUGAUUUACAUAGUGAGGGAGCUGCAGAAAGCUGUAGGUAAAGCAAACUUAAUUAUCUCUGAGGAGAAGGUGUUAAUGGGAUGUUGCUCCAAUUCAAAUAUCUAUCUGGUGUAUGUUUCUCUGGAGGGCUGCAAACAGGAGUUUGCAGAAACAUUUUCUAAGCAGGAUGGUGCAGAGGAAAUGUUUCAAAGAGCUCUGAUGUUCUUCUCAUCAGGUUACACCUGCUGCCUUGCUAAAAAGCACUUUCCCUUUCCCCAGCCCAGCUCUUCUGGUCACCUGGAGGGUGGGGUGUGUUUCUGUCAGUAUGUCUCCCAGCAGCUGAGUAAAGAGAAAUGGGAAUAGCAGAAACAUGAUGGACCUUCUAUUACCCCAUCAGUAAUCGCUAAUAUCUUUGAUUUAAAUCAAACUCAUGGCUCUUGAUAAUCAUUCGACUGUCAAAACUAAAAAUGAUUAGGCGCAUGAGCUCAGGGCAAAUUUGACUGAUGAAUGGUGGGAAAAACCAGUGCAUAGUAUAGUUCAGUGACUCCACAUGCCAGACUACAUUUUAUACAAUUUAAGGGGUUACACAGAAUCCACCGAAGCAAAUCUUAACUUUCUGAAAUAUAUCCAAAUUUUGCAGACCUGUGUGACAGAUGUCAUGCCUCCCCUGUGAUUUGUGUCAUGUAUUCUGUUUUUUCCAGACUGCACAAAUUCUGGACAGACUUAUUUCGAAAAAUAAGAACCGUGGAGCAUCUUGGGAAGUUAUACUUGAGUAUAGGUUUUACAAAUAAGGAAAUUCUUAACUUUUUGGCACAUCAGAAUCACAUUGUAAUAAGUAUCAGGACCCUGAAAAGAUACUGCAAGAGAACCACAAUGAUUGGAGGAAAUUGCCUCUUUUGUGGCAGAGGAAAAGGCUCUGAGGGUUCCCCUUUCAUUAUUUUCCCGAAGUAAAAAUUAACGAUUUAUUCUCGUAAAUAGGGAGGUCAAAGAAAUGGGAAUAGCUAAUACAUAAAAGAACUGGAAUGACCCUAAAGUUAUGAGUCACUGGGUUUCAUAUUUCUUAUUAUAAUAACCCAACAUAUAAAACUUCAAACAUUUUUUCCUUUUGCUUAUGGCUUAUUAUUUCUCUAGUUUAUAUCCCUGUUUAUAUAUUCUCUAUUUAAAAAUGUUUUUUUUCUCAAUCUAAUCUGGGGGAACAACACAUUUGUUUUGAUGUAAAACUCUGCAUUAAAUAAGACAGACUGUUAACAUUUAACAUUGAGUGGAGCAUUGUUCGUCCAUGAGCGUAUCGGUACCUUCUGUCACUGGCCCUUUAAGACACCUGGAAUAAAAGAAAAACAAAAGUGAGAAUGGUUUCCAGUUUCUGCUUCCUGAUUGAACUUUCUGUCCUUGCUCAACCACUCAGUGUGAUCAUUCUUUGUGAGUUUGCCUGAAAUAAGAUUGUUAUGGACAGGUAUGAUGUAUGAUAUGUUUUUGCUCUUUAUUCUAAAAAAAGAUCAGUUUUACACUGUUUCUGUUUUGUUUUUGAGCUAAAUCAAGAGAGUAGUAAAGGCUGUCCUGGAGCUGUUUCUUUAUCAAUGUACAUAAAUAUUUGUAUCUGUUAUGUGUACAUUCACUUUAUUCAGUCAUUCUCCCAUUAUAAAUCUCAGUUACACAUCUAAAGUUGUAUUUUGCUUCAAUGAGUGCAUUGAUACUAACUCACUAUAGGCCACUUACUUUGUAUAAGAACAGCUCUAAGUUGUUUAAAUAUUCAUUAUUCUGCAGUGAGUGAUCUGACAACACACUUAUUUCGAUUUUGAAAACUGUCAUGACUGAAAUUCAUCCCUUUUACUCAAACCUAGACCUGUUUUGAAUCAGUUAUUAUUGUGUCACAUGUGGGAGUAAAGAAAAUGAAUAUCUCUGUUUGAAUGAAUUAUAUUUUCCAAAUUCAAGAUUCAAAGAAAGGGACAAUUAAUUCUUGUGAUCAUUGUUUAACAUAUUAGUGCAGGACUUUUCAUCUAACUGACUGUAGUACCUUUGACAUGAAGGAAGAAUUUCAAAAAGUGUAUUUUAGAUGAGAUGACAUGGCAUGUACUGUACUGUAGGGGGAAAUUUGCCUUGGAAUGAAGUGCAGAGAAAACACAGCUCUGUGCAACUCAAAACUCGCAAUGAAUUGAAUCCUAUGCAGUAGAGUUGUAUCGUUACUUACAUUUUAAAAAACAUAACACAAGACAGGACCAACGUUAGAAAAAACUAUUACGAUAUCAAAAAAUACAAUAAAACAGAUAAAUUCCCAGAUGCACUUAAGAAAAUGCUAUUCAUUCUUUAAAGGAAGAGCAAUGCUACACUUUUUCUGUUUUCUUUUCAAGCUAAAUCAAGAGAUGCAUGAAGGUUAUGAAUUGAAAUAAAAGACUUAAGGCAAAAUACAUCUGUAAAAUAUAUAAAAUGUUGAAUUCUGUGCAUGAACUGGUUCAACAGGGGUCAAGUUCAGCAGUGUGACUGAUGGAAGGAAGGAGAGCUGUGAGUGGUUACUCCUGCACUUAAAGCCUCUGUAACAUCUGCCUGAAGGCAACACAAAAAAAAACAAGUGCAAGAGCCAGCUGAAGCAGCUGCAGAGCACUAGAUUACUUUAUGAAACUUUCAUCUGAGGAUGAUAGGAUUUUCUGAAUUACUUUGGGAGUUUUCAAAGAUCGUAAAUGAUCGUAAGAUAUGUAAAUGUCCAUCAGAUUAAAAAAAAAUCACAUUGAUGAAUGAAACGUUGCCCUCCUCUUUUUUAAAAUUAAAAUAUGUCACUGUAAUUCCAUAUGUUUUGUCACAUAUACUUAUGAAACAUUACUGCAUACAAUGAAUCAAUUUAUUUUCCACAGAUGUGUUAUUGUAUUUUGAUUCAUGAUUCAAAGUAAAACUCUUGCUUUGACUCAAAUCAUGAUCUUGAAUUUCAUUGUUUAUUGUCUGAAAACCAGUUUCAAUGUUUACAAAAAACUUGGGUUGUGUCACUUCUAUAGAAUUGUAAGCUGAGUAAACUAAGCAAGUGGUUCAUGUUGUUGAUUGGUGACUUGUGCAAGAAUAAAGACACAUCACAUUGCUAAA